AUGGAAACCACAGAUAAGAAACCGGUCGCUGAAAAACCGGACUUGUCUGUUUCUGCUGUUCAAACCACUCAAGAACUCAACACGGCCAACGGAGAUGAGACCAUUGAGAAUCUCCGCGUCCAUUUACGAGAAUUGGAAAAACGAUGUGCCCUUCAACAGCUUCGUCACGAAGAGGUGUUGCUCGAAUUGGAAGAUGCCCGGAAACGAAGCCGUCAGGAUUCCAAUCUUAUUCCUGCCCUGUCCGUUAAUCUCGAUUCUACCUACACUCCCGCCCGAGCAUCAGCGUUGGAAUUCGGUUCACACUAUUCGACUCCCACUGGCGGUGUGGUGGCCUCCUCAUCCUCGGUCAUUGCAGCUCCCACCGCCACCGCGACCAAUGUACUAGUCAGUCGACCCACACUGACUGAUCUCAAUUUAACCGAAGGUCGUCUUGGUGCACCCACACACGAGCUGACCAGUCAGCUCAGUCUAAACCAGAGCAUUCAGGGAGCGCGUGUACGAGGGCAUAUCAAAGGUCGCUUGUUCGCCGGUGCUCCCGUCCUUCCAGAUGAACAGGAUCCCAAUCUAGUCGAAUUGUUCCAGACGGCUGAUGGACCGUUCGAAACUAACGGUACGUGCUCAUAG